AUGUCUUCUCACAAGACUUUCAGAAUUAAGCAGUUCCUGGCCAAGAAACAAAAGCAAAAUCAUCCUAUUCCCCAGUGGAUUUGGAUGAAAACUGGUAAUAAAAUCAGGUACAACUCCAAAAGGAGACAUUGGAGAAGAACCAAGCUGGGUCUAUAAGGAAUUGCACAUGAGAUGGCACACAUAUUUAUGCUGUCUGAAGGUCACAAUCAUGUUAACAUAUCAAGCUGAAAAUGUCACCACUAUCUGGAGAGUUCAA